GGCGUAAGGGAUGGCAUCCCGGCGGGUGCACGUGGGGCGAAUGUCCUGCGGCACUGUUCGUCUAUUGAUUUGUUCCUUCGCAGUGGCAGUGACAACGUUCGCAACGGCAGCACAAUCAAAAUUGCUGCUGAAUGGAACCGGCUGCACGAUCCGUGAGCCGAUGUACAACGUGACGUUUGAUUUUAACGCGCUCAGCUCGGACCUAAACCACCACGUGACGUCGGAGGACAAUGGCGAGCGGUUCUUCUUUAACGUGUGCGACGGAACCGACACGAAAGCAGGUGAACCGCAGGCGUACCUGGUGCGUCCUGCUGGCAGGAUAACGCUCGGUUACGAGGCACACCUUCAGCUCGACGAUGGACGGCUUCAGUUCUCGUUUGUGGGCGAAUCAUGUGGCCACGGGGCCAAUUAUUCCCUCGAUAUCGUGUUGCUGUGCAGCUACGAACGUACGCCGGAAGGUUUGCGUGUGAUCCCACACACCCCCGACCAAUGUCGGUACUUUAUCUUUUGGGACACACCCCUCGCUUGCCAACCGCUUCCGAAGGCCCUGAACACCGCGAGCCGUUGCGCGGUAAAGGAAGGUCCUGGUGGGCACGAAUAUAAUCUCCAAGCGCUGGCUGGAGCAAACCACGAAGUGCCACUUCUGGAUGGUUCCCGCUUUGUGCUGUCCGUUUGCAAACCGGUCCGAUAUGGCCAUCUAACAAUGUGUCCACCUGGCGCGGGCGUGUGUCUCGUGAAUGGAACCACCUACACCGAUCUCGGGCAGGCCGUGGCCACACCAACCAUCGACGGUACUGGCCGGCUCGUGAUGAUGAUGCGAUCCGGAGCUGCCCCAGACGACCCAUGCCGGGGUUCACGGAUCUUGUUCGAGUGUGGUUCCGAUGAGCUAGCGGCCCCUGAGUACCUUGGCCAACCAACCGGGUGUGGACAUGAAUUCCGAUGGCGUACACCGGACGCCUGCCGUGACACGCGUCCUUGCACCGUGAGCAAUCCAAUUACGGGCACACGAUACGACUUGGGGUUGCUUGCGAAUCGCACCUAUCGGUUGGCCACGGCCAAUGGCAGUCACACGUACGAGCUGGGUGUGUGUCACAUACCCGCGUCAAGCCAGUGUGCACUUGAUUCAGGUGCGUGCGAAAUCACCGGCACACAAUCCGUCGGUUUGGGAGUCAUUUCCAACGAGCUUCAUUACGAUACGACCGGAGCACCGUAUCUACUGUACCGAUCCGGUGCGAUUUGUGAUGCCAAAACCAAGCGUCGUUGGGAAACGCGCCUUGAGUUCAUCUGUGAGACAGAUCCGGUCGAGGGUGGCCACACCGGUGCGAUUGUCCCACCGAUCGUGGUCGAAAACGGCGACUGCCAGCUGGUGGUUCAUUUCGAAACCGUGCUCGUUUGUGAGCCGGCUCUGAUGGCUUGUGGGGCCUACAACGAGUCCACCAUCGAUCAGUACGUCGAUCUAACGCCACUCGCCGAUGCGGCCAGCAAUUAUGAGGCCCUUGUUGGUCCGGGUGUUUUCAAUGGAGCCCUCCCAACCAAGCGUUACUUCCUUAACGUGUGUCGCCCGCUUGUGCCACAGUUUGGGUUAAGUUGCCGCGGUGGAGCAGCCGCUUGUGAGGCCACCUUCGAUGGUGUGACGGCACGGAACGAAACCACACUUGGUUUCCCGGAUGUAUCGCUCGUCGUUGCCGGCCAAACCGUGCUCAUGAAGUACCUGCGGGGUGAUCCUUGCCGGGCUGAUCCUCUCACCAAUCUCUCCACGACGGUCAGCUUCCGGUGUGUGCCAGCAGCCGGACUUGGCCGACCGGUGCUGGUGGAAAUUGAGCAUGAGUGUCAUUAUCGUUUUGAGUGGGCCACGGGCGUCAUUUGCCCACCGGAGGUGGGUCUUGUGUUCGAGAAGAGCAACUGCACCGUACGGAAUGGGGCGACUGGUGGCGAGUUCGGGUUAGAUAAGCUGAUACCGGGUGGACCUUCACUUUGUGACAAACAACCGAUCGCGUCCGUUGACUACCAUCUGGCGGUGCUUAACGUGUACUUUACUGUUGCGGAGAAUUGCAGCAGUUCGCAAGGAACAAAGACGUAUAACCUCACAAUCAACUGUGGCACGGAUAGUCCUCUUGAACGGUCGAAGCCUUCAAACUGCUCCGAAGUCAUCAAGAAACAGACCCCAACGGUGUGUGCGUUGGUUGGACGUAAAGCAGCAGGAACUGCUGCUCCAACAACGCUGCCAACGAUCAUCACCCCCGGUACAGAUGAACCAACACAUACGCCGGAUGUUACGAAAGCGCCCUCUACAACAUCCGAGCCCGUCGGAACGCAUGUAACACCGGAAGGAGGCGUAGGAGCGUUUGGUGUUGUGCUGAUAUGCUUAAGCGUGUUCGUAACCCUCGGAACCGCCACAUGGUAUCUGGUUUGGCGGCAUCCGGACCGUCGCAGGCAGAUGCACGAUCUGCUAUUAUGUCGAGGCAACGCCAGAGACGGGUUCCCGCGUACAAUGUACUCCCGCGUGGAUAACGGUGAGGUGUCGAGCCUGCUGCUCAAUCCGGCCAACAUCCUCUCGGACAGUGAUGACGAUAUGUUGAUAUAAAGCCGCCUCAAGUUCGAGUGAACCAAAAACCCAGGCAGCAUGUACUUCACUAGUGGCAGCGUUUUGGGAGGCAAAAUGUAGCUUUUUACUGUAAAAAAAAAUCGCAUGUUCCUUUGUGUAACAACCAGCGGGCGAUGUAAGAUAGGGUAGCAAAUAGUUACGGGCUGUGGACGGGAGGCGAACGAACGGCAACUAGUCUUGCAGGAAACGUCUGCAACGGUACGGAUUUCGAUAGCAACAAUCCCUAAGCCCACCACGGGAGUGCCGGGAGAUCGUUGUGAGCUUACUGUGAUUGUGUGGGAGCACCACGAAACCGAAGAAUGUACAGUGUGCGUAAGGAAGCUAAUGAUGCUACGAAUAUAAUAAAUAU